AUGUUGGGAGAGGAUGAGAUGGUUUCUGGGAGUGGCUGGGUAUCCGACGAAUCAAGCUUCUACGGCGACGAGGAGGGACAGCGUCGUCUCGAGGACCUCAGCAAGCAGUCAGAAUGUAUGCACUACUGGGAAAACCACGGACGCCUUCUCAACACUAUCGCCUUAAAAGCUCGCAAGAGACUUCUCGACAUCCCAAUCGUGAUGCAAGAGAGCUCGGAAGUCGUGCCAGCACCAAAGCAAUUGGGCGAUAGCAGUAACGACUUGAGCAACACAGUCGCUCUGGGAGCUCCCAAUAAAGUUCCAGAGACUACCAUUGUGCUGCAUAAUCGCAUGCAGGGUAUGCCUGAAGCAUGGCAACUAGGCGAAAGUAUUGAUGACUUCGUCGUCCGAUUACCCCCAGCUACGACAAGAAUCGACACCGUUGGACCGUGGAUCUGGGUUAUGAAUCCCUACCCCGAGAGACGGCACGGAAGCGAGUACAUCCGCGAUUUCAAAGACGCCGGCGUGGAGCUGCUUCAACGCUAUCUUGAAAAGCGAAAGCAACUGGAAGCUGAAAAUCCUGGCAAGGCGAAGGAAACCAUCACGAAGAGACUACACGCAGACCGUGACCGUUUACCGGGUCAGAUCAAAGAUCUCGCGAUCAAGUAUGGUGUCUUGAGUGGAAAGUGGAUGUUCUUUCCAACAGUCAAAGAUCUCCCCAGAAUGUGGAAGGCCCUCGCAGAAGCAGUCACUCAAAAUCGGCUGGGUAUUGGAGCAAAGGUAGCAACCGACGAUGGCAGCGCCAGGUCGGACACUCGUUUGAUCUGCAUCUACACCUAUGACUUCACAGACACGGAAGACGUUCGCCGAGUGCUCGACGAGCUCGUGAGGAUGGGAUUGGUAGAUGCCGACAUGCCCAUGGGAAUCUUUUACAAGUGUGACGCUUACACUCAUCUGGACAUUACGGGCAACAACAAAUACGGCCUCAGGAACAGUCUCUAUUCGAGCAAGACCAUGUUGGUCGGAGAGCGGCUCUCUGGACAGCGGCUCUCUGCAGCUUCCAGGAUCAUAUCUACGCCAUUUUCCAGGAUGAAGCAAUCGACUCUCAACAAAUCUCAACGUAGCUGA